AUGACCAAGAAGACUUCAACAAACACCACUGCCCCAACAAAGGCUACAACAACAGCUGCUACUACCACUAGCACUUCAUCAUCUACUUCAUCUUUUGUUAUUUUGAGUGAUUCUGCUUUGGAAACUUUGGGUUUGAAGGGUAACAAGACUGAACAAUUCAACACUGGUCUUAAACUUUUCGAAGAAACAACCGAUAAAUCUGAUAGAGAUACUCUUUUAGUAUUGUUGGGCACUUUGGUUUCUGAUGAUAAUUUGGAUACUUUGAUUGCCAAGAUUAAAUCUGCCAAAGACAACACUAGUCACGAUAUCAUCAAACAACUCGCCUCUGUUUUCAACUUGAUUACUAAUGGCCAACAAAAGACUAAAUUAUUUAUUAAUAUUAUUCAAUUCAUGAUUCAACAUGAAGAAGUUGCCACCUCUCUCAAUAUUUCUGCAAUCGUUGACAAUAUUGAAUCUGCUUUCACUGAAUGGAGUAUCUCUUCUAAGAAGGAUAAGCAAGCUAUUUUGAUUGAUUUGUCAAAGCUCUGUGUUAAACUUUCAAAGAUAAAUGAAGCUUUUGAUUUGAUUAUUAAAUCAUUGAAGUCUGGAGCUGAAGAAAGCGAUAAGAAGGAAUUAAUUAAUCUCUUUAUUAGAAAUCCAUUCGAAAAAUCUGCUGAAGAAUUGAAAGAAUUCGAACCAGAACUUUUUGGAGCUGUUUUGAGCUAUCUUGACCAAGCUGAUGAAGCUGUUCCAGAAACUUUAAAGCAAAAAAUCUCACAAUAUGAACAAACAGAAUCUGUCAUUUCUCAAUUUGUUUCUGACUUGAAGGUCUUGAAAUUCCUCGUUUCUUGCUCUGUUAAAAUCCUCACCUCUAAGAAGGAUAUUGAACUUAAAUAUUCCGAUAUUGAAAAGUUGGCACCAAGUGGUGAAGUUGAACUUUUUGUUUGUGAUAUGAUGGGAAGAAAUUUAAUUGAAUGUAAGAUGAAUCAACUUGAACAAUCCAUUACUGUUCAAGCUAUUAAUUGCCGAGGUGCUGCUCACAAGCAAGAUUGGAAGAAUGUUGAAACUCUUGUUUCUGUUUGGUCAAGCAAAUUGGCCACAGUUUUGACCACAAUGACCAAUGAAGUCAAUCCACAACAAUUCAAGAAUGAAGUGAAACAACAACAACAACAAUAAAUUACUUCAUAUAUUCAU